CUGUUGACACAUGUACUGUUCCGGGCGCCAUCUCCAACGGAAAAUUGACAGUGCUAGAAACGGCUUCUCCAGGCACGACCCUGUUCACAAUCCAGGUGACGGGCGGGGAGCGGUGGGAGUUCACGGUGGGUCGCACAUCGGAGGUGGACGGCUCGCGUCUGAGUGGCCUGAGGGGCUACUUCAAGCUCUCACACAUCGGCAGCACCUACGAGAUGAUCGUCAACGAGACGCCCGAUCUGGAGAAGAUUUUCAAAGACUACCAUGAUGGGAGGGCGUACUUCCGGAUGCCAAAUGUGCAGAAUGGUUCCGUGUUUCUGAAGAAGCGCCUUGAUUACGAAACCCUAAAGGCAAUAGACUCGGACCAACUUCAUCUCAAUGUGUCAGCUUCGGACAUUCACGGUCUGAAGACUUUUGCGACUGUGACCAUAGAGGUGAGCGACGAGGACGAUCUGCCUCCGGAGUUUUUCCAUCCGGGCUGUCCAGUGGUGGUCAACAAAGUCAAGCCUUGUCUGGUGUCCUACGAUGCCUUUGCCUCUCUUUACUAUGUGUCUGCAAAGAGAGCACACAGCAGAUGUUCCGUGCACCCAUUGAACCCGAGCGGACCCCCGAGCAGCUACCACGUGUCUCAACACACAGACGAUAUCAACUUUCAGGACACUUCCCGUCACGAUCUGGCCCCUACCGGUUCCUUUUUCGGACAGGGCUCCACCCACAGCGCGCCUGUAUCGAGUAACCCGGAAGGGCCUUUUGACCUCUACGUGAACUCGCAAAGCGCUCUCUCGGUUUCCAAUCAGGGCCUGGAGCCACGUAAUGGACGACCCCGCAGAUUGAGAUCAAAGGGCGAUGAUCUAACCUCAGGAGGGGAGGAAGGUGAAAACGCCAACAUCUUAGAACCAAAACAACCCAGAACUGCCGACUCCCAAGGCAGAAGCAUCAGGAGCUUGCAGGAGUAUAAUGCCACCGACCUGGCUAGUGAUGGAUACAGUGAGACAGGCUCUGCUGACAAUAGUUUCGAUCAGGAAGAUUACAGAAUGAAUCUAAGACAGCAUAAAACCCAGACGGCUGAUAGUGUCGAAAUUUCGUAUAACCAGAGUCCAGACUUUACACAUGCUCAAUCAUCCACACCACUGUCGAAGUGUUCAGAUGAGACUUUGACCCCGAGAGAUGAUAGUAUCUACCAGGAUGACGUCGGAAACGAAGUGUACCCCAACGAUAGCGAUGUUUUCCACAAGUCUAGAGACGUUUACCGCAAUGACAAUACCGUCAACCGCAAUAAUCGGGACGUUGGUCCCAAAACAUUUGGCACCGCGGUGGACAAAAAGCUCCCUAUCAACGUCAGUGCGGACUCUGGCAGCUUCAUGCUGCAACAGCCAGUUCACCCUGAGACCAACAGGUGUAAUGUCCUGUCUAUUCUGCCUCCGGAGUCAAAAUCAGAUGGAGGCGAGGACCCACUCCCUGUAGGUACAGGUCAAUAUGAAGCAAUUCCGCAGACGCCAGUGGCAGUAAGACCAGCCCUCCUUGCCCAACCAGGAAUAGAGAUUUCGCCACAUUCGGCAGUACGAGAAGAGAGCGAAGAAUGUACUGCGAAGAUAAAAAGGAGGAAAAAUGAAAUAAUACACCCGAGAGAAGCGAAAAGAAGACUGUCUCUGAGUAGGCUAGAGCAAGUUAAUUAUCAUACUACAGUCUCCGAAGCUGUUGAAAAUGUUGCUCACCGUUCGUCUGCAUUGAGAUCACGUAGUUUUAAGAGGAGCGAGACAGAACCAGACUUUGGAGAGAUCGUUGAGAACACUGUGGGAAAACGACGCACCAAGUCAUGUAGCUUGGAGCGACAAGCACAAAGGCUCGGCCGUCACGAAGCAACGCGCUCUUACACCAGCUACUCGGACGGAAGGAUUCAAAACAAAUAUAAAAACCGAUCUCGUGGCAAGUUUCAACAUGAUGAAGGUGCCAUACUACUGAGAAACAAAGACCAAAACAAGGGUAUGUUCCAGGAUACCCACUCUAGGGACUGGAACAACCCGUCUGACAGCUGCCGUUUAACCACCAUCAGACGUAACGGAGACCAACACCCCACUUUUGAUCCCGAAAAUGGAUACCAGGCCUCUGCCCUCUUAGGCAACAGCAACAUUGAAACGUUGACCCCAAGCCAGCUUGGAAAACUGCCCGGUCUUCGCCACACCACUCGUAAAACGGUUGUCUUGGACCAAUGGCACCGACAGCCGUACAUGCUGUUAAAACACAAACGACUGUCACAGUCUCAUAUUGCGGAACCCAACAUUCCUGGGCAUGAGCAGUUUGUGAAGAGAAAAAUAAUCGGACAAGAUAAUGUACGCAAUGAGCAGCCACGAGAUGAAAGACAGAUAGAUCGACAUCGGCAGAAGAAAAAGUCAGAACACGGGCAGAAACGGACAGAAAAUCAGCAAGAAGAAAGACAGACCCGCAUAGACAACAGCCAUGUAGAACGACAGCAACCUUCACCAGCCCAAACCCCACAAAGGCUGUCCACGGCUGGCAGCCGAAGAUCUGAUUCCGGUAGGUCAAGGCCACAGCAUAACUGCCUGGGCCGGGGCAAUAGCGACUGUUUCAGCUCCCCGGGUCACACACUGCCCACAGCCCAGUCUGGCCAAGACGCUGCGCCACAGGAGUCAGCCCAGACAACAGCUGGCGAACAGGUCAAAGAAAGCAGUGACAAACAUUAAAAAGUUGCUUCUUCUGAACAGAGCAGAGUUCCCGAUACUUGAUGUGUCUAUUUUUCUAUUUAGGAAGUUCUCUGAUUUUUUACAUAGCCAUCCCAAAUGCACUCGAAGAUACGUGCGUUUCCUUAAUAAGUACUGGUGUAUUGGAUUGCGAACAUACUGACGUGGCCUACUCCUACUCCUUCCUUAGGUUUGCUAUUGUCCUAACCUGAUUCUCGAGGAAACGUUGCCGUAUCCCCACUGUCCUGCCUUUGUGCACUUCUAUAACUCUAUACUCGUUCGAUACCCAGUUAUGUUUGACUGAUGCCUGGAUUUCUGCAGCUCAGCCUCCCGGGCAGAUAGUAUCACACACGACCACUGCGCGGACAACCGUGGUUCGAUUCCUCCAAUUAAAUGGGAUUUUUUUUACCUGGCAGUGUUUUGUUUUGAAGUUUUCUAGACUCUCAGUUCCUUUGGCUCGAUCUUAUCGGUAAUGGACGUCAAAUCAUAGCUUUUUCUGAUGCCAUAAACAGCAUUAUUGAAAAUGAAGCUCCACACUCUCAUCUUACUCUACCAUUACUACGAGGAUGUCCUAAUAUUUGUGAGAUGAGAAGAGCGACAUAGAAAGCUACAACAGCGAUCGCGAUUCAAGAGAGUAUAAUAGAUGGGUUAUGGAAAUCAACACAAAGACAGUCUUCUUUUGACAGAAUUACGCUACAAACGACUUUAUUAAUAAUUUUCCUGUUAUGAUGCACUUAUAUAAUAGCAAUAAGCAAAUUUGUUUUUAAAAUGAAAUAAAGAAUG